AUGAAUUAGGGGCAGCAAUAGAUUAGUCCAAAUGACCACUAGUAGUAAAAUGAUAAUUAAGGCUAAAACAAUGGUUAGUAUUAAAAUACAGCAAUACCUGAGAAUGAAAUCAUUCAUAUUCAUAUGGUGUGUCAUUCUCAUUAAGAUGUCGGCUGGCUAAUGACUCCUGAAAAUUAUUACAAUUACAAAGUGAAAUAAAUCAUUACUAGUGUUGUCAAAGUCUUGAUUACUGACACCACCAAGAAGUUUUCUCAGACAGAGAUUUACUACUUUGAAAAAUGGUAUCAUGAAUAAGAUGAAGCCACUCGUAAGCAAGUAAAGUAGUUAAUAAGCGAGGGGAGACUGGAAUUCAUAAAUGGUGGAUGGGUGUCGAAUGAUGAGGCAUGUCCAACUUAUGAGGAAAUCAUCAUCAACUUCAUGACAGGGCAUAGCUUUUUAAUGAAAGAGUUUGGCAUCUCAACUAAGAUAGCGUGGCAUCCAGAUUCAUUCGGGCAUUCAGCAGCUACACCUGAUUUGAUGCUCGAUCUUGGAAUGGAAGCUAUAUUCUUUGCAAGAGUUGAUGAGGAACUUAAAAACUACUUCAAAAACAACUAGUCUUUGGAAUUCUACUGGAAGCCCAAACUCUAAGGACCAAAUGGCUAGUAUUAAAAUUAAAGAGGGCUAUUUACGCAUGUUAUGCACUAAGGCUAUGAUGGAGGCUGUGGCUUUAAUAUUCUGACUGAUCUCGACAAUGAAGCUUACCUACAAUCAUCAAAUAAAAGACUAAUAUAAGAGUUUAAGGUAUAAAUGCAUCAGUACAUCACUUGCAUUGAGCAGUAUGCAGUCCAUUACAAGACAAAGCACAUACUAUUCACGCUUGGAACUGACUUUGCAUUUCAGUUCGCACAUACCACGUAUAAGUAUAUAGAUGAAUUAGUAAGCUUAUUUGAAAAAAGUCCAAGUGGUAAAGCUUUCUCGUUUAAAUACUCCACUGUGAGGGAGUAUUUAGAUGCAAUUGUGCUUGAAUAAAAGACAUAAGAUUUUGAGUGGCCUGUCUACGAAUACGACUUCUUUCCUUAUAAUGGGAAUUUUCAAAGUCACUACUGGACUGGUUUCUACUCUUCCAGACCAAACUUCAAACAGCUGAUUCGAUAUACGAGCACCUAAACCUUCCUGAGCAACUAGAUUUAUGUAGUAAAUUAUUUCUUAGAAAGCAAAUCCGAUACAGAUAGGAUUAACACUUAAAAAUCAAUGACAUAGGCAAGACUUAUUAAUCAAUAACUUGCAACACUGAUGCAUCAUGAUACAAUCACAGGUACUUCUCCGCAGAGAAUUAUAAUAGAAGAAUAACUAUCAUUAUCAUUAAGGCUAAGUGAUAACUCAUACAUUCUUGUUUAAAUUAUAAAAUCUCUUGUGCAGUUGGGAAGUGGUAUCUUGAUUGAUGAUUUGAUGCAUUGCUUGUACUAUAUUGAUCAGAGAAAAAUUUGUCCUGCCCAGAUGAUUAAGGAAGACUUAUUGUAUUUUGUGGUUUACAACCCAUCACUUUAAAUCCAAGAUCAUAUUCAUCUCACUCGAGGAAAUUCUAAUUUCAAUGCAUUUGUGUUUGGUGAAAAUCAUAAUAUGGAGCCAGUUGAAAGUGAAAAAUUUUGCUAUUCUAAUGAAGAUUUCUUCAAAGAAUGUGAUAUUUACAUCUAUCAAGAAGUAUAUCCAUUCAGAUAUGCACUAAUCAUGCUUCAGAAAGCACCAGAUACAAAUAAUGAAAUUGAAGGUCUUGGAUUUGGAGAUUAUGAGCCAAUAUUUAAUGAAACUAUGCUCGAAGAAGAGGGUGACUCGGUUGGCUAUAACUACAGUGAUCAAUGUGAUCCUAAAAUAUUAUUCAUUCAAAAUAAAAUUAUCAGACUGGAAGUGAUUAAGUGUACAGAGCAUGCCAUUUAGUUCAACUAUAUAAGAUUUCAAGACGAUAUUGAGCAUAAGUUUGAGUUUGAAUUCAGGUAUUAUUUGCCUGUUUUCAAUGGCAGGAAAAAGAACAGUGGUCUAUAUGUAUUCAAGACAGAGGAUUAAGAUUCAAGACCUUAUGAUCAUAGACUUACAGGAAUUGAAGCAUUUAGAGGAGAAUUAGUGGAAAGGAUCAUAAUAAAUUUUAAACAGUUAAAUGGAGAAAUUUCCUAGAUUAAGAUUUCAUUAGACAAUGAUGAAACGGAUGAAUUAGAGUUUGAUGUAUUCAUGGCCAGAAUUGACAGGAAAGAAUUCUCAAAAGGAAAGGAGGUGACCAUUAACUGGAGAAGCAUAGAUAUAGACAACUAAGGCAUAUUCUACACAGAUGCUAAUUCUUAUAAGAUAGUCAAAAGAGACAUAGAAAGAGAUACAUACAGAAGUUAUCUUUCUGCUGAAACCAAAUUGAGUUCACCUCAAAAGUAUUUUUAUCCAGUUACAUCAGGAAUGUUCAUUGAAGACGUCUAAUAAAAGAAUUUUAUGGUUGUUAUGAAUGAUAGAUGCUAGGGUGGCUCAGUCUAUAAAUAAGGUAGAUUAGAGUACCUCCUUAAUAGAUAUGGAGUAACUACUGAUGAACUUGGACUUAAUGAAGGAAUGAAUGACCUCACCUCUGAUUAUACUGGUCCAAACAUUACUGCCUAGUUUUGGCUUAGUUUUCCUGUCAAUAAAGAAUAAGUUUUUAGGAAAAUAUUUAUGAGACAUGCACUUAAUCAAAAUAUGCCGAUAAUUUUAUACUCUAAGAUAUUCACUACUCUAUAUAGACUUAAAGAUAAUGAAGGCUUUGAUAUAAAUCAUAAGAUUUCUCAUAAAUUUAGAGCGAUGGUCAAUAAGUAUGAGAUUUUAGAUGCAAAAAUCAUCCCUGAUGAAAAUAUGAGAGAUUUUUUCUUUAGAGUUACAAGAUUUUCUUAAAGCAUUAAAUUACCUAAAGAUUUUGUUGAUUAGAUGUUUAUGCAAGCAACUGGUUAAUAAUUCGUCUAAUUAAAACACAUCAGACAGGUCAAGCUUGCUGGUGAACUAAUUUUUGAUAAAUAUGAGUAAUAAGACACCCCUUAUCUGGCUGUUGAACUCUAUAAAUUAGUAGUUUGA